AUCCAAAUCACCGGCAUUCUUUCACCAAAUUGUCGAAUUGAAACCACAAGGCCACAACCUCAACCCUGAUUGCGUCACCAUUGCCUGCGAUCUCCAAGCUUCAAACGGCUACGGCUUUGAUGAUAAAGUCAGAAGCGCUCAAGCUGUACAAUUCAAAGAGGCCAUUGUUUAUGACAGUGAAAAUAGUGAUUUAGUUGCAACCACCCUCAUUGAAAAUCCUGGAUCCGAUCCUGACCGCAGCCGUCUCUGCUCAUUACAAAAUCACUGCUAUAAAACUUGGAAGACAACUAGAACUAUACCUUUUCAAUGGCAGAUCCGAGCGAACAAUCUGAACAAGUGUGCAGUUUCUUCAGAAAGCCAUCCAAGGGCAAAAAUAUUAGAAAAAGGACUGCCCUGGAAGAGGGGGAGAAUGAGGAUGAAGAUUCUAAAGCUGAGAGUGCUGUGAUACACAAUAAGAAGAAGCCAACUGUGUUCGACAAUAAGUUGCAUUUCUCUAGUGGGCCUGUGAAACGUUCUAUGAUGUCAGAGUCUGACCAAGAAACAAGGGCUCCAGUUUUUGAAUACGAGUCCUCUAAGGAAAUUCAGGUUCAGAAUGAUAAUAAAGCAACGGCCACGUUGGAAACUGAGACAGAGUUCUCUAGGGAUGCGCGGGCUAUUCGGGAGAGGGUUCUAAAGAAAUCUGAGGAGGCUCUAAAAGGGAAGAAAAAGAAUGAUGGUGAUGAAAAGUUAUACAAGGGGAUACAUGGGUAUACUGAUUACAAGGCUGGGUUCCGUAGGGAGCACACUGUUGCUAGUGAGAAAGCUGGUGGAGCGCAUGGACCUCUAAGAGCUUCCGCCCACAUUAGAGUUUCAGCAAGAUUUGACUAUCAGCCAGAUAUUUGUAAAGAUUAUAAAGAAACUGGCUAUUGUGGGUAUGGAGAUUCAUGCAAGUUCAUGCAUGAUAGGGGGGAUUACAAGUCUGGUUGGCAGCUUGAGAAAGACUGGGAUGAAAAAGAGAAGGCAAGAAAAAAAGCUUUGGCUUUGGGAAUGAAGGAUGAUGAUGAGGGGGGUGCUGAGAUGAGUGAUGAAGACGAUGAUGAUUCACUGCCAUUUGCAUGUUUUAUUUGUAGGGAGCCGUUUGUAGAUCCUGUUGAGACCAAGUGCAAGCACUACUUCUGUGAGCAUUGUGCAUUAAAGCACCAUGCAAAAAGUAAGAAGUGCUUUGUGUGCAACCAGCCGACCAAUGGUAUUUUUAAUACAGCUUUUGAGAUACGCAAGAAAAUGGCUGCUGAAGGAAAAUGACGGAUCUAAGGAGACACCAUAAUAAUUUUGAAGCUCCAUGUGUUUUCUAUCUUUAUUGUAACUUCUCUCUCUGUACGAGAUUUCUUUUCAACGUGGGUUUGUAUUUGGUAACUUUGUAAUGAUUACUAUUGAACCUUUGCAACUUUGUAGUUGAUGUAAAUGUUUUGGUUGAUUGUAAACUAUAUGCGUCACUAGAGUUUCCAUGUCCAUCGAUAGCAUUGUAAAUGGUGACUUCUCAUUGGGCUGAAGAAUAAACAUUUUCCCCACAGGAGAAUAUAGUUUCUGCAAAGAAUUA